AUGCCACUAGCCAUAGCAUCGUCUUCGUCCGCGGGCGUUCAAACUCCGUUAGAAGAUGCCGUCAAGGACUUUCAGAGCAUAUUAACAUAUCAACAGCGUAUAAAAAUCAAUCGAAUCGGCGCCAUCCGAGAUGCUGAGACAGUCAUGACCUUCACUGCUCAGCUGGAUAUGGAGAACCAGCUGAGGAAGGGUCGCGGUGUUGCCAGUCGUCUCCACACCGUUCUUGAGUCUGUCCAAGCAUUCUCCACCGUCGUGGGAACAUUCGUCUCGUCCCACCCGGAAAUCGCUGCGUUGGUCUGGGGAAGCGUGAAGCUCGCCCUGCUUUUGACCGUUAAUUACACAUCCUAUUUCGAAGCGCUCUCUGGUCUCUUCAUGGCGGUCAGCAGACAGUGCCCGCGCUUUGCUGAGUACCAAGCUCUGUACCCUGGCUCUACCCAGCUGCAAAAGGCACUUUGCGAUUUCCACGCCUCCAUAAUACGCUGCUGCAAGCACGCCGUGGAGGGCAUAAACAACUCUUGCAGUCCUUCAAUCAAGAGUUCAAGCCCGACUUAG